GCAACCCUUCGGUCAAAAAUUUCCAGAACGACAAACUCGAAUGGAAGUUGACGAUGCAUAACAGCCACAUCCCAUGCCAUUGACGAACUCGACUAGUUUGAAUCAAGAAGCUGUACGCACGCGAUGCCCACAAGGAUAACCAGGUCAUUAUCGAGCUAGUCGGACAAGAUAGGCGCAACCAUGGCGCCAUCACAGCUUCUUCUCUUGAGCGGAGGCCCCAUCUGCCGCAGAUGCUUAUUGGCAUGCGCCAGGGGCGUCGUACCUGUUCAGCGCAGAGCCAUAAGCCGAAGCUAUCUGGCGAAGAAGGCUGCGGCGGCAAAGCAAUGGGAGGAGCGCGCUGAAUUGAUCAAGGAGGGCAAGCUCCCCAACACUUGGGACUUGUUGGAGCAGCGGGGCUUCGUCAAGGACACAGCUGGAUCCCGAGACACGAUCCGCGAAAUCAUGAGGACGAAGCGAAUAGGUGCCUAUGUUGGCAUUGACCCGACCGCUAGCUCGUUACAUGUCGGCCAUCUCCUCCCUCUCAUGCCGCUCUUUUGGCUGUACAUGCACGGAUACGGCGCGCACACACUUAUCGGAGGCUCGACGGUGAAGAUUGGGGACCCCACAGACAGGCUGAAGACCCGUGAUCCCAUUUCGAGCGCCGACUUGGCAAUGAACCUUACCAAGAUGCAUUUUCAGAUCAAGAAGUUAUGGAUGAAUGUUGAGGGGCAGGCCAGGAGAUUUGGUUACCAGAAAGAGUGGGCUUGGAAGCGCUCGCUGGUAAAUAACAACACUUGGUGGAACAGUCUUCCCAUGCUUGAAGUCCUCAAGAGGAUAGGGACUUCGAUCCGAAUAGGACCCAUGCUGUCCCGAGACACUGUGAAGAACAAGAUGAAGAAAGGAGAUGGCGUAUCGUUUGCCGAGUUUUCCUAUCCUCUCAUGCAAGGGUGGGAUUGGUGGACGCUCUUCGAGAAGCACAACGUGCAAAUGCAAAUUGGCGGCUCGGAUCAGUACGGCAACAUCAUUACCGGCAUUGAGAUUGUCAAGACAGCGCGCGCCAGCGAGCCGGAUCCCGCCAAAAAGCUACCCUUCAAAGACGAGCUCGAUGACCCUGUUGGAUUCACGGUACCUCUCCUGACGGACUCUUCCGGUGCCAAGUUCGGAAAGAGCGCAGGUAACGCGGUCUGGCUGGACCAGUUCAUGACGCCCACGUUCGAUCUGUACGGUUACUUUGUCCGGAGGCCUGAUGCAGACGUUGAGAAUCUCCUUAAACUCUUUACUUUCCUCCCACUUGCCGAAAUCCAACAAAUCAUGGAGCAACAAAUGCAAGACCAGUCGAAGCGUGUUGCUCAGCACCGCCUUGCAUACGAAGUGGUGACCUUGGUUCACGGAGAAGAAGCUGCCAGAACAGCGCAGGAGGAACACCGGCAGAUGUACGGCGGCGGGAUUGUUAUGCCCCUGACAAAGGCCCCAGGUGAUGAAUAUGCGGAGCCGGAGGAAGGGAAGAAAGACAUCAACCAUGCGCCACGGAUUGAUAUGAUCUUGCCCGAGUCUCUCAUCAUGGGCAAGUCUAUUGCCCGCAUCCUCUACGCGGCCGGACUCGCCAAGAGCACAUCGGAAGCCAACCGGCUCGCUAUUGCUCAGGGUAUUUAUAUUGGUGGUGUGCCGGGCCAGCGCCCCAAAAACGCAGACGUAUCCAUGAACCCGUCGCAGCUCACGUGGAAUACGGUCAAGCUUUGGUUCCCGCAGGAAACUCGGCGAUAUUUGAUCGACGGCAAAAUACUUCUCCUUCGCAAGGGCAAGCACAAUAUACGCGUCAUUCAAAUGGUGAGCGAUGAGGAGUAUGCCAAGUCCGGGCAAACAUAUCCGGGACAGCCCUACACGGGCGCUGUCCGCCAACUCCGCGAACACCUUAAGAAUAUGAAAGACGGACAACAGGGAACUCAGGAACUGAAGGCGGCCCUGGCGAAGGCGGAAGCUGAGGAACAGGCAGCCGAGGCGGCAGAGAAGGGAGACGGGUUCAUCAAGUUCCCAAAGACGAAAAGCCGACAAGAACGCGAGAUAGAGGCCGAGAUCGCGGAGCUGGCUAGGGAUGAAGCUGGGUCGGGAAAUUUUAAGCCGUGAGAAGGCCAAUUCCAAGCAUCCUUAGGAUGGUUGCAUGGAACAUGGAACACCUCGCGUCGGAGUUUGGGUACUGAGAAGAUGUCUGUAAAACUACUUGUAAGAUGACUGAGAGAUGCUCUGGUUGUAUACUGUAUACUAUUAGAGGAGCUGCCUCGUAUAUCAUUCGGCCUUGGGCCUUUAGAGCAUAGAAUUUCCAUGCCUCUCAUGCAUGGACGGUUUACCUAUACAAAACAGUCAGGUCC